AUGAAACUCAAACCAUUUCAUCCGCAGUUGGAAACUGCAUCCUGUCACCAGCUGCAAGACUGCCUGACUGUCAAAGUGGAGAAUGAAACGGUGACCCUGCUGGACUACAUUCAGAUAGAGCAGCCUCCCAGUCCUGUUGAGCCCAGUGAUCACCAGGAAACUGAAGUCAACGUGAGGAGAACAGCGGAGGAAGCAGCAGCAGCAGCAGACAAGGUUUUAGGCGACGCCUUAAAGCCUGCAGCUUUUCAGCCGCUGAAGCAAAGCAAGAGACUGCGGCUGAAACGAAGAAUUUUAAAAGCAAAGAACGAUUCAGUUAGAGCUAAGAAGAAACGAAAAAAACACCCCGACACUAAAACGUGUCCUGUAUGUAAUAAGACGUUCCUGCGAGCUGCAGCCAUGAGGCGACACAGGGACAUUCACAGUGCAAAGCAGAACUUUAGGUACAAGUGUGGCAGCUGCGACAAACGGUUCAGGGACCAGUAUGACUUAAACAGACACACGAUGCGCGUUCAUCUAAAGGGAGAAGGUACUGACGAGAUCAAAGACAAGGAAUCGGAAGAACCCAGCACUUCUGAGGUGUUAGAAAACAAAAACUGCUCUGUGUGUGGGAAAUACUUCGCCCGGCAAGGCGAUAUGGAACGACACGUUAGGUCCCAUUUAAAGGACCGACCGUACAAGUGUUCCUUCUGCGAGAAGACUUUCAAGAGCCCUUACGUGUUAAAAAGACACGAAAAGCAGAUUUGCAAGAGCAAGGAGAACAAGCAGCCGGAAAAGAAUGCGAAGCCGCGCUCUAAUCCGCAGGCAGAACAGAACGAGGAGCCGCGCUCCGAUCCUCAACCGGAGGAGGACGAGGAGCCACGCUCCGAUCCUCAACCGGAGGAGGACGAGGAGCCGCGCUCGGAUCCACAGCCAGACAACAACGAAGAGCCACAAUCGGAUCCUCGGACAGAAAAAAACGAACCUCGCUUAACUCUCCCCGCAGAGAAACCGCAGUCCAAUUCCCAUUCGUCUUCAGACAACUCGGAAAAAGUUAAAGUCUGUCCCAUCUGCUGCAGGAUCCUUCACCAGUCCAGGGACCUAAAGAAGCAUUUGCGAUCCCACUCUGAAGAGCGACCCUUCGUCUGCGUCACAUGUGAGAAGGGCUUCAAGUACAAAGACACGAUAAAGAAACAUCAGACUCUCAAAGGUCACGAGGGCAUCAAGGUGGAGCAGUGCAAGAAGCUGGAACAGAUGUUUGCUGGCGUUACUUCUCAGACUUUGGACGGCGGCGAUUUACAGGAGAAGGACCAGAGUUCGGAGGCGCCUGCAGACACGUCUGUGGAGGGUCCGUUUGCACCUGUACCCAGCAUCACUAACAAAAACCUUAAGGUGUGUCCGGUCUGCUCCAAAACAUUUGUUAGAUUCAAAGAAUUGAACCAGCACAUCCAGAGCCACAUGGUAGAUUGGCCGUAUCAUUGCAUCCAUUGUGAGAGACGUUUUAAACACUUGGACGGGCUUAAACGGCACCACCUGUACGCCAUUUGUCGUAACAAAAACGUCCGCUUCCUGCGAAAAAAGAGGCCGAGUGAAAGCGACGCGAGCAGUCCCAGCCGUCUGCCAAAGAUGCCUGUCUGGUGCUCAAACUGUGGGAAAUACUUUCAGGAGCUGUCGGCCUUAAAGGAGCACCAGGAGAACGUUUGUAACGUCGAUUUGGGCGUUUUAAAGAAAUGUGACGACUGCGGGAAAGAGUUCAAGACCAUGACGACGCUCAAAGUGCACCAGAGGAUUCAUAACCCGCUCUUCUGCAAAGAGUGCAAGAAGGUACUUCCGGACAAGCCCGCCUUUGAGAGGCACAAGCUAAUGCACAGGCCGGUGCAGUGCACGGUGUGCGGCGAGACUUUCACCGUGCUGAGACGCUUGAGGGAGCACUACGAGAAGCAGCACAACUUCACUGGACCUUUUUCUUGUCCCGAUUGUGACAAAACCUUCACCCUGCUGUCGUACCUCGUUAUGCACCAGAGAGUGCACAACGAGGUGUUUCCUUUUGUUUGUGACGUGUGUCAGGAGAAGUUCAGGACCUCCAACUGUCUGACGGUUCAUCAGCGGAAACACACCGGGGAGAAACCCUUCCUUUGCUGGCAGUGUGGGAAAGCGUACCGCUCAGCCUCUGAGCUCACGGUCCACAUGGGCACCCACUCAGAGGAGAAACCCUGGGUGUGCACGCAGUGCGACAUGGCUUACCGCACGAAGAUGCAGCUCAGAAACCACGUGGAGCAAGUUCACAUCGGCGUCAGGUACCCCUGCACCACCUGCGGGAAGCAGUUCAUGAAAGAGAUGUCGCUGAAGCGGCACGAGCUCCUCCACACCGGCGAGCGGCCGUUCCCCUGCAAAGUCUGCGACAAGCGCUUCCUGACCAGCAACGAGCUCCUGCGGCACAGCAGAUACCACACCGGCGUGCGCCCGUACAAGUGCGACGAGUGCAGCAAAUCCUUCAUCCAGUCAAGCUACUUGAAGAUCCACAUGCGCCUCCACACCGGAGAGAAACCAUAUAAAUGUGACAAGUGUGAUAAAAGCUUCAGGUUGUCCAACAGCAUGGUCAAGCACAGACGGACUCACUUCAGGAAAACGAAGGACUUUGUUUGUGAGGAGUGCGGGCUGAUUUUCCUCCAGAAGAAGCUGUUGCUGGAACAUUCGUUCACUCAUUCAAUCGCACCGGAGAAUAUUGAAGCCUCGUUUCCUGCUGAAAUUGAGAUACAUUUUGAUUAAAGUCCUCAUUUUUAGUUAUGAACUUGUUUAUCUUUAUGAUAUCUGUUUUACAAACUCUCAAACUUUGAUUUUGUCUGGUUUGUCUAAUUAUCCUUAU